UCAAUUUAACAGAGAAGCCUCUGGGUUCCACUUCCAGCUGCAUUGGUCCUCCGGGAUUCGGACCUUUGGAGGAAAAUGCCCAGAAGGAAAUGUAGGAGCCUCUCUACUUUGGACAACAUGGACAACAAAACAACGUUGGACUGAUCUGUGGAAUAUUUCUGAAUAUAUUCAAACGAAUAUAUUCAAGGUACUCCGGCCACGGGUUUUUCUCAAAACUGUUGAUAUAAACCGAUCGAGAUUUCCAUCUCGAGGGAGAGAGCAAGGGAAACAACCGAAAACAAAUGGACAAGCGAUGGAAAUUCUUUACACGAAAAAUAUAAACUUGCACAACGCACACAGGGCUUUGCACGCAUCUUUUUCAAUGUACUGUACAAAUUGGCAGAGUGCGAGCAACAAUUUUAGAGUUGCUCUCUGGACACCCCCCCCCCGUCACCUGUUGCCCCGAAUUGACAGCUGCAGUUAGUUCACUCCUGUAGGGAGCGCCCAUGUACCAGAUUCCCUCUGCCUGAGAACAUGGUGACCUGCCCAAAGCAUCAACUGCCAGGAAGUAGAUCCCCACUUCCCGGGGUGUCCUGAUUUCCACUGUUACUUUGUUUCAUUUACGUCUUUGCGCUUACAGUAUCCGUUUCAGCUCACACCAUCAGAGUGUGCCCCCAAUGGCGACCCUUCAACCAGAAAACGGCCAGAUGACCGAAGAAGAAGUUCCCAGGACUCCCGUUGAGGAUACAGAUCCUAGUGUUCCUUCAGAAACGAUUGAAAAAUAUCCUAUUCAAGCUACAGAUCACAGUGUUUCCACUAAAGGUGUUUCAGAUCUCCUAGUACAGGAUACGACAACUGUUAACCUGGAACAUUUAACUUCAACUCUUCAAACGACAAGACAGCCUGAAGAGAAUGACAGCCGGCACACUGAAGAAGAAUGUUUAUCAGAAGAAGAUCUGAAAGACAGUAAGUCGUGUACAGACAGUUCAGAAACUACACAUAAACAUUCAUCAUUGUGCAUCUCUCCUCCUUGUAUCGGUGACUUGAUGAACGAUGAAGAUUUACUAUAUACACUGAGGUUAAAGUUGGAUCCAUACCACCCAACUAUCAAAAACUGGAGGAACUUUGCCAGCAAGUGGGGCAUGACCUAUGAUGAACUUUGCUUUUUGGAACAGAAACAACAGAGCCCUACCUUGGAGUUUUUGUUGAGGAACAGUGAACAAACAGUAGCACAGCUAAUUGACCUGUGCAAAUUUUACAAGAGGGUGGAUGUGUUAAAAGUACUGGAGACAUGGGUGGAGAAAGAGUGGCCAAAACAGUGGCAUACAAAAUCAAAUAAACCUUGAAAAAAUUAAGAAUUUGUAGUACAAUUUCCAGUUGUAAUCAUUUCACUUACAAUUAAUUUCUUUUCUGUCACCUUAUGUUCAAAUUGUGUUGUAGGUUGAGAGAGGGCUCCUGAAAGUUCUGAAGUUUUAGGAGAUUUAAGUUUUGGGAGAAAUUUGUGGGCAACAAAAUGGAAAGAAAUUGAGUAAGCACUAAAAUGGUUGAAUAAUUUGUGUAUAUUUAUGCAUGCCUGUCUCUAUCUCUCUCUCCCCCCCCCCCCAACCCUCCAACCUCUCUUUCUCUCUCUCUCUCUCUUUCUCCACAGCUGAAAGUUGCCUUGUUCUUCAUUGUACAUGUAGUUAAUUGAAACAGCAGGACUUUUCAAACACAGAAAUUUUGGUAAGGGUGAAUAUUUUUGUUUGGGAAAACUUUUAGAUCUUGAUGGAAUCAAAUAUUAUGUUUUAUUUCAAAUUCUACGUUUUAAGAUUUUCUUAAAUCAAAACCUAAAGGUUUGAGAGUACUUUUAAUUAAACUACUAGAUUAUCUCAAAAGUGAUUUUAUGGCCAUACUGAAGUGGCAAAAAAACUAUGGUCUGGCUUAUGGAAAAUUGAAAGGUUUCCCAAACACCUCCAUAAUGGCACGACUUUGACCUUUUUCAUUGAGAAUCUUGUAUUUUGGGGUGGGAGUCAAUUUACUUCUAAAAACUACCUCACAUAAUAAAACACUGCAGUCUGAGUUUUCCUUUUGGCUACAAAAGUGUAUUCCAGCAUUCUAAACUACGUCUAUUCUUGUCUCAAACCAUUUGUGCUACAGUACAAAAAACUGUACAAAUGAAUCUGAAUAUUACCGCACCUGUCUGAGGUAGUCCAGUCACAAUAAUAUUUUUAAAGUUUUCAAUGGGCAUUUAGAUUUGUGUAAGAGCUUUCAUACACCACAAGCCUACUGGCUCUUUGAACUUAAAGUUUUCACAAGCAAGCAAGGGUUACCUGGCAUUUUUGGUUGAGGUCAGAACAUUAAUUUAAUUAAAGAUAGCUAGUAUAACACAAUAAUGGAUUCUUAAUUCUGGUAGAAUAUGAUCAAAUGGAAUUCAUUCUAGAUUGUGAUUGUGUAUCCUAAUCUGGAUGGUCAUGCUAAUCUUUUUAAUUAUAUCUUCACCAGUCACCUAUUAUUGAACCCUAGUGAAUUAUGUUUAGCAUCUCAACAAAUUGCUUUGUUUGACCAGAAAUACACUUUCUUGCUAACAAAUCAUUCCAAUGUUAAAAAGUACUAGCUUCACAGAGAUCUUCAUACCUUUUUCUAUGAGGAAAAGCCAUGUGUCUUAUCACAAUGACAACACACUGUGUACCUUGAUGAAAUUGCCAUUGCAUUGCAUAGUCAGACGCCAAAAAUAAAGUGGUUUGCUGAUCACCCUUUUGUGAAGGAAGUGCCUUCUUAAGCGACAUAAAGUGACUUUUCAAUGUUAAUUGGUUUUGUCACAAAAUAUUACUUUUAAUCAGCUCUGGAUAUUUACACCUAUGAUGGAUGUAGCCAGAAGCCUCUUAAGUCUGGCCAAUAGUCCAAACCCAGCUGAUGUUUUGCCUACUCCAAGUUUGCUUUGGAAACUGUAAUACCUGUAAUACUGUAUUCCUGCCGCUGAGAUCAGCACAGAUCACAGAUUGUACAAGGACCUUCAUGUUCUGCUUGACUCAGUAUACAAAUGGGAGGAAGCACCUCUACAUACUUCCAAUAUGCAGAUGAUAUAUUUGUUAUGUUUGAAUUUGCAACUGCAUGUAAAAAUAUCCUACUCAUCUCAAUGUGUUCCAUCCUAUAUUCAAAUUCACAUUUGAAAUGAAACAGUCAAAUGAGCUCCCUUUCCUUGAUGCACGAAUUGCGAAAUCUGCCAAUGGGUUCUCUACCAUUGACUAUCACAAGCCUACUUUACUGACUGCACAGAUUUGAUAUUGAAAUUAGGUACAUCAAAGCCAUCCUGCAAAUAAAGGCUACCCUCAUCAUUUAUCACUGUAUAUCACAUAAGCUCAUGAACAGGUCCAAUUCCCCACUUUCAGUCCCAAAAAAAUGCCUAGUCUACUUCAGCUUACAAUGGAAGAACAAAAUAUCGAAAAAAGUCUUUGCAAUAUGUGAGGUUAGUUGCUUCACACUGCUACUCUUUGGAGUAUUGACUAUGUGCUUAGGAUACCUGUGUUUCAAUUGCCAAAUUAAACCUUUUUCACCCAGCUUAAGGAAGGCACCCAAAUAAGAGGAAGACAAAGGAAGCAUUUCAAAGGCUACGUAAAGGCUUUUCUCAAGAGCACUAACAUAGAUCUCAACGCAUGGGAAGAAACUUGGAGGAAGUUCCUGUCUGAAGUGGAUAGCAUGGUGGCUCAGUGGUUAGCACUGCUGCCUCACAGUGCCAGGGACCUGGGUUUGAU